UUAGAAGACCUUUGAUCACCAUAACACCCAGAGUCCCCUUUGCCUAAGCCUAUAACCCCUGAUCCCUAAAUCCUUUGUACCGCUGCCACAUGAAAUACCUACUCAGACCCAAAACAAUCCAACACACCCACCGCCACUUCAAACUUAUAAAGCCAUACAAACUAACUGCUGAAUGAAAAAGGCAUAGUUAGCACCCCUCUCUUUCUCUUUCUCUCUGACACACACACACACACACACACACACACACACACACACACACACACACACACACACACACACACACACACACACACACACAAACUUAUUAUGCAUAUUGUACUGAAACCAGGAAAAGCCAAGACAAAGAUACACAGCUGACAGCGGACACACACACACUCACAGCCAGGAGUGGUUUCAGGGAGUGGUUUGUUAUUGCCCGCAUGUUUGGGUGACUAUUAGUGCAGAGAUCAUCAAAGUAGUGAUAAUCAUCACUAUAAGUGUGCUUGUCCUGAGGUGCUUAAAAAGAAUCUAUUGUUCUUUCAUUCAAUGGAAACUUUCAACCUGCUCUGUCUUGGCAUGUAGACACGUUUACUACAAUAAAUGUUACAGAUGUGGAUCAAUUUAGGGAUAUUCUGCCUGGAAUAAUAAAACCCCUUUACAGUAUGACUAAUGCAUGUGUUUUACAACUAACACAUUCAUUUGCAGGUAUAAAGAAAGCAGUGUGUAGGGAAAAUAACAUUUUAGGCUGUUAGAUAUAUGAGGGAGAAUACAAAAGUUGUGUUUUAUUUUUUUUUAAGCUGUUAUGUAAUAUUGUAAUCUGUGACAAAGCAAUAAAUUAUUCCUUUAUUGUGAAUAUUUCAUUGAUUUCCCACAUUUCAAUGUUUUAAAGGAUAAAGCUUUUACCCCAGCGGCGAUACAUUAAAAUUCUGUGAAUUCUAUUAAUAUCAAUAAGCUAUUAUAUCAGAGCAGUUGGGGGGACCCAGGUAAGUUGAGCCAAGGGGUAAGUUGAGCCACCCCCCUGUUGCUUGGAAAUGGUAAAAGAAAUUGAUCAUGUGACCAAAUAUUUAGGAGAUGGGCAUCAAUUCAUGGAGUCUGUGAAGGUUAGAAGCACAUGGGUGAAGGGGUUAGACAUUUAUUUUUUUUAAAAACGUUUUUUUACUCUUGAAAGUGAAUUUAGUCUGUCAUAAGUUUUAUUAGAAUUGUGUUCAGACCAAAAAAAGAUAAUUUUAAAUUUGUUCUACACAUCAAUUGUUGUAUCUAUGAGCUACAACAUGAAGUCGAAAACCGAGCAUAAAAGUCCACCAUUUUAGCUUAGAGGACUAAUAAAGUCAUAAUAGUAGUUCAGGGGUAACUGAGAAAGUAAAGGAGUCUGAUAAGAGGAUCAGAGUUUCAGUUCAGAUUGUUGAAAUGUUUGACUUUUUCUUUUCAAAAAUACAGCUGUGAAUGUUCUGAAUCACUUAAAGACAUUCUCAUGUUAAAAUGACUUUUUACAAAACAGCUUUUUAGCAGUUAUAUGCAAUAAUAAUAAAAAGUAUUAUUGUACCAGUUGAAUAGCGUAUAAUAGAUAAAAAUACACAUGAAUGUGAAGAAGUGACUGUUAUUUAGGGAGAGAGAAGGUGAGGUAGGGCUGGGGUGGAGAGUGGGGGGGUAGUAGGGAUACGGCUCAACAUACCCCGCUCCUAUGGUCAACUUACCCCAUACACAGGGUAAGUUGACCAUAGGAGACCACUUUAUUUUGGCAUGCUAUAUUAUCAAGACAGUUGUGUUUACUCUCAUUCUGUUGGUUUGCAGGAAUGCACAACAACCUGAAAUAUAUGCAGAUACACUAGUUAGAGACUAAACUAUGAUUGCCUUGAUGUAGUGAUCUGAAAUAUGAAAAAUGGCUCAUCUUACCCCACUCUCCCCUAUUAAAGACACUGUUUAGCGAGGUAAGCAGCUGUAUAUCUUAAUUUUGUAAAAGCUCUACAGGCCUACAUGAGGUUCUGUCCGUGUCUAAUCCAAUAAUUUAAGUCAGGGUUUUUUUUAACGUUUUAAAUAACUUAUCGUUUGGAAAAUAUUUCAGUGUCAGAUUCAUAACUUGGUACACACCGGCUCAGAAGAAGCUGGAGGAAAAAAUGAGGUGACCUGCCCACGUGCUCCUGUCCUCGAGCUGCUCUGAAAAAGGUGUGUCAUCGGCGUGACGUCAGCCCAUACCUGAGUUUCGGUGAGGAAAGGGGGAAGAGCCCAGCAACAGAGGGAACAACAUCGGCCCCAAAGACGGUCAGUCCGACAUCAACAUUUCUCUUGUUGUUGUGUCCUCAAACAGUCGCGAGAGGGAUACUCGGUGAACUUUGGUCUCGUGAGUCUGCAGGAGAGUUUUUUUCAGGUUCUGGGAGGAACAGACGAGUUUUAUUACCAGCUGUUGGUCAACGGGUCGACAAGGAAAAGACCUCUCCUACUUCCUGGUUCUCCGCAGGUAUGUGUGUCGUUAUUUGUUCAGUGUCUUGUCUGGUACUUUUGUCACUUUAAGUUAUCGCUAAUCUCUCGUAUUAACUAAACUGGAAUAGCUCAUAUGUCGGCCUUCAAAACACGGCCCGUUUUUUAGGCUGUGUGACAAACAUUUAAGCUGAAGGCAAAGUCAAGGUGUGGAGGUAGUUUGGAAAAUCCGGACAUGCAGGAUUUAGGUUAAGCGGUGCAGCAGCUUUUUGCCUCAGAGUUUGUUGGAGAUUUCUUGCAUUUGCAUGGAUGAUUCAGAGCUAAAGUGUUUGUAGUCUCAAUUGUUUGUGUUUUAACUUCUAGCCAGUCGAGAUGUCGGUCACCCCUCGACGGGUCCGACUGAAGCCCUGGCUGGUGGCUCAGGUGGACAGCGGGAGAUACCCAGGUCUAGUGUGGAUUGACCGCGAGAACAUGCGCUUCAGGAUCCCAUGGAAACACGCCACCAGACACACACCUCAGCACGAGGACGAGGAUACAAUAUUUAAGGUUAGAGCACAUGACACAACACUGAACAGAAAUGCAUGUUGACUGUUUGUUUAGUCUGAGUGCAAAUGUUUGCUCUGCUGCACAGGUGGGGAACCAGGCUUUCAAAGUUUGUAGGUUACACCUUUGCAUGGGGCCUCAUCUGGUUUUGCAACACAGUUACAUAAAAUCCCUUUUGGCUUCUGGCAUUAAGGAAGAUCGGUUUAAAAAGUAUAUAUCUAUGUCAAAUUAAUCAAUUAAAUUUCAUUCCUACUUCUAUUCUCUUUCUAUUGAUAUUUGUAUUUUCAAGACCAAGUGUAAUGACCAAAUUUCUGCAAGUACAAAUAAAGCAUUCUGAUUAUGAUAUAUCAAGUAUAUGGGAAGUAUGUCAGAAGGUUUAUAUGAGCUUUGGGGGGUUUAGUUUGCUUUAUUUGAGGUCCAGGACAGGUAACAGAGCCCAAGCCUCUAUUUCUGCCAAUAAUAUUGAUUGUUGACAUAGACUGUAUAUACUAUGGACAACAUGGUCCUGCCUCCCGCCUGUAUACUGAUUUGAAGCCAAAAAGCUCUCGGUAUUUCUAGGAUUUUUCUUCAUUUUCUGAAACCAGCGCUGUGCAGUAGGUUGGAGAGUCGCCGAGAGUCGCUGUGAUGACGCUCGGCUCAAACAGCGUAUCCCCCGGGUGAGCUAGGCAAUCCCUGAACGCCAAUAGGCUGUAUCAAGUGUCAAUCAUAGAAAACAUGAACCCCCUAAUAACAUUUAAAAAUGGAGCUUCACAGAAACAAAGAGGACUUGAGCACAAACUAGUCUUACAAUAACUACAUGGCAAUAUCACAAGCAGGGGGGAGAAAAAUUAAUGUUCUGUGUAAUAGAUUUCUAAAGUUUGUCCACAGUCCCAUAAGCUUUGCUGGCAGAGGCGGGAUUUAUGACCUUUACUGCAGCCCAUCAACAGAGGGUGCUGUUCUCAGAGUGGCUUCACCCAGCGAGGAGGCAGACUCUGUCCAUUCUUUAUACAGUCUAUGAUUGUUGAUUAUUCACACACCUUCACAAAUCUCUUUGAUAUAUAUUCUAUGACAUGCAAACAUACUUUUAUCUUGGCCUUUUUUCACUUCUCCCCCUUUCUUCCUCUUUCUUUUUUCUGCUCCUGAAGGAUAUGUCCUUUUUUGCGACAUUGUUUUGCCCCACAACUACCUGCGCUUUGGAUGCUCAGUGCACAUUGCACAGCAGGGGGCACAUAACGGUAGCAGAGCUUUGACAUAUCGGCUGUAAGAAUCAUAGGCCUGCAUCAGCAGCCGCACUAAAAUGUUUUUACUUUAUUUUUACAAUAAUAUGUAUUUGAUCACACAGAACGCAUCACUCAUUCAUGCAAAAAAUAAAAAAUAUUUAAACUCUUUGAAAUUUUUUGAUUGCUCUUGGGGGCCCCCUAUUGGCUGCGGGGCCCUAAGCAGGUGCUUAGUUCGCUUAUGCCUCUGACAGGUACACAGGUACAUUUCAUGAGGUAGUCUGAGAAAUGUUCCCAAAAAUAGUAUUUGAACAUUUAUUACCCUCAAAUAAAGUAGAUUUGUACACAUGCUGCAGGAGAUGAGGAAUAAAAAUAAACUUUUGAGAAAGUGUUUCAAUGGCAACAUCCCAGCUUUUAAUCCAUUUCAGGGUUUAGGUUCUUGUCAGAAACACAGUGAUCUACAUGAUGGCAAAAAGGAAAUUCACCAUGGUCUUGGCUAUUUAUUUGCACAGAUACUCCUCCAUAAUGAAAAAAAAAAGCAGUGCAAAUCUGUGAAUAGUCCUCAGUGUCAUAAAAGCACUAAGACAGGCUGUAGAUGUUGAUACCUGCAUUUUUUUGUGUGAUUGUUCCUUCAGGCGUGGGCCGUGGAGACUGGGAAGUUCCAGGAGGGUGUUGAUGAACCUGAUCCUGCUAAGUGGAAAGCUCAGCUCCGUUGUGCCCUGAACAAAAGCCGAGAAUUCAACCUGGUCUAUGACGGCACCAAAGAGGUCCCCAUGAAUCCUCUGAAGAUAUAUGACGUCUGUGACAUUCCCCAGCCGCUAAGUAACCAAGGUGAUUACAGCUGGUUGAAUUAAUUCACCUUUCCCCACAGUUUUGCCAUUGCAAAGUUAUAUCUACAAGUUUUAUUACACCCCACAGGCUCCUCAGAUGCUGGUUCUUGGACCCCAAAUGAUGAUGAUGGCAGGGAAGACGAUGUUCCAGAUACACCAGAGUCCCUCCCACCAUAUCCAUCCAAUGGUGAAUAAUUUCUCCCUACAGAUUACGCUCAAUAUCUCACCAUGGGCUGCAAAGAUAUGGUACACUUAAUAUUUUUGUUUCCCUCACUUAGGCACAAGUCCCUCCCCUCUCAUCAUGUGGUCUCCAAUGGGCUCAGAGCACUCCAUGCAGCCCCCCAGCUGUCCCCCUUCAAAUGAGGUCUGGCCCAAAGAAGAACCUGGCAAAAUCUGGCCUAAAGAGGAGCCUGUCGAUGUGGAGAUGCACCCCACACCCCUGGGUGACAUGCCACCCGCUCCUCUGCCUGAUCCCUCAAUGCAGCCCCCAUCUUUACCUGAUGCCCUUUUCGCCUCUCCUGAAACCUGGAUCAGUUCUCUCCCGAGUAAGAUACACUUCUGGUCUUGUAGAACUGAUGCUCAUACAUGGCGGAAGGAAUCGACAGAUUUUAGUAUCUCAUGACAGUUUCCCUCAAAAGCUUAUCUUUGCUGUUCUAUCUGGACUGUUAUUUACAGAGAUCAAGAAUCGGUCCCACAGUGUGCAAACUCUUGGCAAAGUCCUUAGGAGACCAGAUGCAUUUGUAGACCACAAACAACCACAACCAUUUAGGCUUAGAAAAAGAAAGGAUAGGUUAGAAAUACUCUUAAGUUUUCUCUUCCUGAAGAAACAAUCAGAAAAGCUCAAAGCUAACUACAUAAAGGUCUUUGUCUGAUCACAUUCGGACUUUACAAGUAUGUGUAUGUUAAUUUUGUGUUAUUUCUGUUAUUCAGGAUUAUGUUAGUCAAAAGCAGUUCCUACGUGAGGUGUUUUACUCAGCUGUGCAUAUGAUUUUCUUAUCAGUAUUGAGAGUAGUAGAAAAACUAGUGUCCAUCUUCAUCAUAGUGAUGGAUCAUGUCUGAAGGUGAUACAAAAAGGCUUAUUGGUGUGUUUUUUAGAUUUCUAGGACACCAAUAAAAGGUUCAGGAACAAGAUAUACAGUUGUUAUGGAUCAAAUAGAAUUUAGUGGAAUGUCUUUCUGAUGAAACUUGAACUAAACUUGGAUCAAACAGGGUGUAAAACAUGUAUACCCAUCUCUGCAUCAGUGACAGACCUGGAGGUGACGUUCCAGUACAGAGGGAAGGAGAUGUGUCCCACAGCCACUGUAAGUAACCCCCAGGGCUGCAGGCUCUUCUACGGAGACCUUGGCCCCAUGGUGAACCAGGAGGAGCUGUUCGGACCCGUAAACUUGGAGCAGCUGCGCUUCCCAACCACAGAGCACAUCACAAAUGACAAACAGAGGAUCUUCACCAGCCGCCUACUGGAUGUGAUGGACAGAGGUCUCAUACUGGAGGUCAACGGCCACGAUAUCUAUGCAAUCCGUCUCUGCCAGUGUAAGGUGUACUGGUCUGGCCCCUGUGCUGCAAACGCAGCUGCACCAAACCUCAUCGAGCGCCAGAGGAAGGUCAAACUCUUCUGUCUGGAGUCUUUUCUCAGUGGUAAGUAGAAUCCUCAAUCUGACUGCAACUUGACCUCUCUGGCUAUAUUUACUUAUAGACACAUUUUGUUAGGUUUUUAAUUCUCUUUGAAAGACAUCCUGAUAAAAUGUGAUAAUAUGAUGUGCAGGGGUAAUAGCACACCAGCGCGGCCUAACAUCAAGCCCCCCUAACUUUGAAAUCAACCUGUGUUUUGGAGAGGAGUGGCCUGAUGGGAAGCCAAGGGAGAGGAAACUCAUCAUGGUUCAGGUAAGAAGAUAUUCUGUAAUGAACUAGUUUAAAAAUAAUUAUGAAAAGCUUGAAGAUAAAAUGAAAAGAAAAAAAGGAUCAAAUCUUUCAGAUUUACUUGAGGCCUAAUACUCUGAUUAUUUGACUCAUACUGGUCCUUAAUCCUUCAGGUCAUUCCUGUCGUUGCCCGUAUGAUUAGUGAGAUGUUUUCUGGAGACAACACACGUUCCUUCGACAGCGGCAGCGUUCGCCUCCAAAUUUCAAUCCCAGAUAUCAAAGACAACAUAGUGACCCACCUGAAGCAGCUGUACUGUCUGCUGCAGACACACCAAGGCCAGGAAGGCUGGGCCCUGCCCCCUGGCCCCGGUCUGAACAUCGUCCAGGCUCUGCAGGCACAGUGAAGCAGCACACGCUGUGAUCGUACAUUUAUUUUAUGUCUUGUUUGUUUUAAACUGCUACUGAGAGUUACCCACUGUUAGCAAAGAAGUACUUAUGUGUAAUCAGUUAAGAAGUGUGCUCUGCAUACUGUAGGACUACUUUGUUUCUUUAGCCUCUCUCUUGUAUUGUGAUAUUACUUUGUUUGUAUAUAGAAGUUGUAUCUUUAAGCCUGCAUUAGACUGUGCAGGGACCGUGGACAGUUGAGCCGACUGCCAGGGCCAAAGUCUGCUGUGAGGGGACAUUCAACAAAGUUAAACAGUUACAAACUGGGCUGUAAUUACCAAACUUUCCAGGGGUCAGACACAGGACAGGUAUACCCAUUAUCUUUUGGCCCCAGUUUUUAAAUAUAUGCAAAUAUAAAUAAAGGUGGGGACUGCUCCUUCUUCAACUCAUAUGUGAUCAAGCUGUCCAACCUUUUUGAAAUUACGCUGUAAUUGUGUAUUAAAUUUUUAGGCAAGUAGCUGACAAAAAAAUGAGCUCACAGUUUUUCUCCAGUUGUUUUAUUUCUCUGUUUUUCUGCAGGAUAUUUUUGUAUUCACAUAUUAGCCUUUAAUUGUCUUCAGGCAGACAUUUAUCUAAACAACAUUCAGCUUUAUGGAUCUGUUAAUAUAUAGAUGCCACUGCACUUUGGGGUGCUGGAUUAUGUUUGUUUCCUUAUUGAAUGUAAGUGCAUUUAUCACAUGAUUGUACUCUUAUUUUAUCAAUAAAAAUGCAAAAACCACAGUGGAUUCAUUAAAUUUCUAUAGUUUGGAAGCAGUCGAUUUUUAACAAUGCAGUUUAUUACCUAAAUCACUUAAUCGUGUUUGAUUAUUGCAUGUUUAAGUUUGUGUGACCGCUGAACCAAAUGCGAGCAGUUUUUUGAGGUAACUGCAUUCCUGCACCUUCUGAACAGACUCAUGCAGCAUUAAUGACCUCUAGUGGUGCAAAGAAAUAGCAAAAAAUCUUGAAAAAUAUCAGCAAAAAUCUCUCACAGCAUACAACAUGAAAGUAAAAUCAUCAACUAAUCAAUCAGUCUUUAUUUGUUUGGCACCAAUUCACAACAAAUGCUAUCUCAGGAUUCUUAACAGAAAGAGCUGGUAUAGACUUACAUUAGAUUUGCAAAAAAACAUUGAGGCUGGACAAGAUUGAAUCUAACAAGAUCAGACCCACCCUCAUCCCAUCUGUAUCUACCAUGAGUGUAUCAUUUGUUAACCCUAGCAAGGAAAAAUAUUACUUUUGAUAUUUACCAGACAUUUAAAUUCAUGAAUCUCAUAGAUGGUGAUAUGAACUUGUUUUUAAAGCUAUGGCAGCCACACGAUUAAUGGCCUAAUAAGGAUUGCUGUUAUUUCUGUAUAUUAUCAUGAAUAAUCAUAACCAUAAGAUCCCCAUGCUACAUGCCGUCAACUCAUUGCACCAAUGAGGUAUUCAAUUUGUUAAUGUGUAACAGUUAUUCUGAAUUUUGAGAAGAAAAAACAGAUGUUUAGAGCGAUAACUUUAGUUAUAUGAAUUAUUAGAUAACUGAUGUUCAAUAUUAUGGCAGUCCUUCAAAGAUGGCACCAUUUCAUGUAGAUACGAGAGCAAUCAAUCCUUCUUUAUUGUAUCUUCCUCUGCAGAUCUAUUUCUAGUUAUCUGUAAUGUGUAUCUGAGGAGUUGUUGCAAUUACCAGUGGAAAAAAGAAAAAUGCUGAUAGGGCAGGCAGGCGAGGGUUUAUAGUCUGGGGUAUGGUGACUUCCUUUAUAUCUGGUAACCUUUGCUCAGUGGAGGUGCCAUAUUUCAGAUCUCACGCCCACAGCAGGAUUGUUCAGUAUGCUCCUGAUGGUUAAGGUGGACUUUGUCCUCUUUUAUGAGGAAGUCUUGGGUGUAUGCUGUCACUGCGUGAGGAACAGGAUAAAAAUAUGAGUUGUAGUUGGACCUAAAGCUGAAAAACACAGAAGGAAGCGACGAUAUUGAACUGACAGUCAUCAAAGGUAAGAGUUUUGGUGUUGAAUCUUGACAGAAGUCUAUGUUUUAUCAAAUAUGGUUAUUCAUGGAAAGGACCAGGGGUGAGGUCAUAUUGUGUGUUUGCACUUGACACAAUUCAUGCUUCGCAAUAGCGGCUCAUAUUUCCAUUCGUGUGAAAAAUGUUGACGAACAUACCAAAUCAAAACAGAGAAAAGACAUGGAACUUUUUUACUGUUUAAUUUUCUGAACAAUUCAUUCGGUCUGUUAAAAAAGUUCUUCUUUCUGUUGACAGAGAUCACUUACCUUUGGACUACUUUAACUCAUGUCUGUGAAUCAGUCUGCUAAAUGCCUUUUAAAACUUAAUAGUCGGCUAGAGCAGCACUACAUGGAUGGGAAGGUGCCAGUUCACAAAAACAACUCAUGAUAAAAUGCAUCGGUUUAUGAUUUGAAGCAGGUGUUUUUUUUUUUUUUAAACAACAAACUAUUAUGGCUCUGAAAUGUAAAUUAAACUAAAUCAAUCUUGUUUCUCAAAGUUCCCAAGAUUUGAUCAACUUUCCGUAACAAAUGAUACAUUUCAGAUUUAGAUUGCUGAGUGAGCUUAUUCCUCUGACAUCUCCGAUUUAUUGUGACUAUAAAUAAUUUAAUAAUCAUAUUUUCUGUCACAGGUGUGUUGAGUCAGAACUAAAAAUGCCAAGGAGUAACAACUCGUUUGGAAAUGACACUAACAGCUUCGCUGGAUCAGUCCUGUCUGAGUGCGUAUUUUAUGGAUGAAUAUGACCGGUCAAUUGUCACCUCUAUUCUGUUGAUAUUGUUAUAAAUUGCUUGCAUCUGUCUUCACAGUGAUGGAGUGUCAUCACAAAUAUCAAACCUGUCAAGGCCCAGUGCAAAGUCAAUUUACUGUGAGUUAAAAGAAAAACUGCUGUACUUAGCUAAAUCUGUGGUUACGCCUGUUGAGGUUAAUAGUAUGACUCAAAAAGAACUGUGGUUUAUGUUUUUACAGCUCAGAGGAAGGAGUAUGCAGCAUCAUUGAACAAGAUGAUGGAAAAGUUCAAGUACAGAGUGGAGGUAGCCUAAUAUACACCACAGGCCAAAAGUUUGGAAGCAAGGCCAUUACAGGCCGAGCAGUUGGGAGUAGAAAAGUUUUUGUUCACAAUGCUUUUUUUUUAAUCCAGCAUGAGUCGUAUGUAUUUUGGGAUGUAUUUACUCCAUGAUCAGAUGUUGCUUUCAUGGAAAUGCACCAUUUUACUCCAUUUACCUUUAGAUAUACAUUGAUGUUAACAGACCAUUGCUAAAUAUAUGUCAGCAAAAGAUAAUAAGGGCUUAGUUUUAGGGUUGAAAACAUUUGCAAGAGUCACAACUUCAGUGCAAAAGCAAAAAAAAAAAAACAAAUCACAGUUGGAUUACUCACUUCAACUUUUUGGCUUUUAAUCUCAGCUGCAUUCAAACUACUGCAAAAAUGGCUAGAAAGAAGCAACUGAGUAAAGAAACAAAAGUACAGAUUUGUACAUUGAGGAAAGAAGGAUACACAGAAAGAGAAAAUUGCAAAACACCUUUAGGCGUUUAACAAAGGAGUCCACUACACUCUGAAGAGACUAGAGGAACCUGGAAGUUAUGAUGAUAGAAAAAGACCUGGACGAAAGAGAGUUGAUACAAAAGCAGAGGAUAAACAUAUUAUUGUCACCAGUAAGAGAGAUCGGCAACCAAAAAGACAGCACCAAAAAUAAGGGAGGAAAUCAACAUGACAAAAUCGAAACCCAUAUCUCUGACAACGGUGAAAAGACGUUUGAGAAAGGCUGGUCUGAAGGGUUGUGUAUCUGCAAAAAAAAAAAAACACUACUUCAUCCAGAGAACAAGAAAAAGAGAUAUGAGUGGGCAAAAGCUCACAAAAAUUGGACUUAUGAUGACUAGAAACAAGUUUGCACUGUUCGGUUCAAAACGCAGAGUCUAUGUCUGUAGAUAAACUGGUGAACGUCUGAAAGCACCAUGUGUUACACCCACAAUUCAGCAUGGAGGUGGUAGUUCCAUGGUAUGGGGAUGUUUUGCAGGUGAUGGAGUAGGAGAUUUGUUUGAAGUAAAGGGUAUCAUGAAGAAGGGACAGUACCACUCCAUCCUCCAGCACCAUGCUGUUCCAUCUGGACUCAGACUUGUGGCUCAUAAGUUUGUUUUGCAGCAAGACAAUGACCCUAAGC